AUGGAUAAAUCUGUUAAGAAAAAGAACAACGCUAAUGGAAAAUAUAAGAAAAACUCCAAAGCAGAUAAUAACGAUGAAGUGGUUACUUGCUGUUUUUGCCUCAAGACCAGAAAGAGCAAAAAGAAAAGUUUAAUCACUGGAUGUGUUACCAAUUUAGGAAUAUUUGUUUUACUUUUAGUUUAUACUUUACUUGGAGCAUUUAUUUUCCUUGCAAUUGAAGGCAGUGCUGCUAAAGUUCAUCAAAAAACACUAGCAGCUACGUCAUAUCAUGGUAAUGAGAAUCAAAAAACAAUACCUCUGUCAAAAGUUAACAGUAGUAUUGCACAAGCGAGUGCUGAACUAAGAUCUCAGACAGUCGAAAGUAUAUGGGAAAUAACGGUGUCAUUGAAUAUUCUGUAUAAAGAAAAUUGGACAAGAUUGGCCGCUCAAGAGAUAGCAAGAUUCCAAGAAAAGCUUGUUGCGAGGGUCGCCGCGGACGUAACCGAGCAAUAUGGAGGAGUCAGAGCUCUGGAGUCAGCGCCGGCUCUAAUUACUGACGACUACGAAUGGAAUUUUGCAAAAGCGUUUUUGUAUUCCCUAACAGUGCUCACUACGAUUGGUUACGGCAGUGUAGCACCGAGAACAGCAUUGGGUAAAGCAGUUACAAUUGGAUAUGCAGUGAUAGGUAUACCAUUAACGCUUUUGUAUUUAUCUGUCGUCGGUGCCCUUCUUUCAAGGCUUGCUCGAAGCGUUUUUAGUAGAGCACUAUGUUGUUGUCUUUGCACAAAAUGUGGAUACUGUUGUCUCGAUGAACAUACGAUGGCUACUAAAGAACAAAAAGGUAAAGUUAGAACACAAGAUGAUUACAGAACUCAAACUCUGCAUUUACAAGAACCGUAUUACGUGCGAUCGCCAUCAGGGACAAUAAUUUCAGCUUCCCAAGCAAACAGUUUAAGCACGAAUUCUAUCAAGGAUAAGACACAAGGAUUAAGUUUUCUUAGAGAUUGUGACUCUAUGAGUUGUACCGAUACCGAUUCAAGAGUUUCUCUCCGCGGUCUCUCAAUUCUUGCCCCGAUUUCAUUGUGUCUGGCAGCGAUAUUUACUUAUAUAUUCUUCGGUGCGUUGGUUCUUUACCAACUGGAGGGAUGGAGUCCUAUUGACGGUGUAUAUUUCUGUUUUAUGAGUCUCAGUACUAUUGGUUUCGGGCAUUUGGCGCCAGGAGUAACACAGAAGAAUGGAGCAUCUAGCGGCACAGUGUGGUUUUGUUCCAUUUACAUAAUGACCGGCCUGGCUCUCACAGCGAUGUGUUUUAACGUUCUCCAUGAUGAGAUCGUUCAUCGUCUAAGACAUCAUGAGAAGAUGAUGAAAGUGACGUCACAAAAGAUGUUGGCGCCUGAGUUCCUGCAAAGAUCUUGACGGGACGAUAGCACGAAUUUGACGGAUGACACGUUGACAAAUUCAGAUAAUGAAACGCUACCAGAAAUGUUGCAACAUGUAUCGAGCUCAAAGUGUGAUGGAGUAUUUCGUAGAUCAGUGUAUAUGGUUAAAGAAGAGAAUGAAUCAGAAGAAGGUGUCCUAAUGUAAUUAGAUGUUAUUAAU